UCCUCGGUGCACGGUCCACCUGGUGUGCGAUCGGCAGAAUGGGCGCUAACCAGCAGGAACAGCAUCAUGUGAUCGAUGUUCCUGCCUCGGCGCUAGAGCUCACGACAUACUGCAACGACAGGCAACGACUCGGACCACACUCGCACUGACAGAGGCAGGGACUCUGUGUUCUGCUCUCAACAAAGGCAGCAAAUUCUCGUAGCAGGCAUCAUGCAAGCUCUGAGACUGUGUACCCGGCGACGUGUCUGUAGCUUCACGGCCGACCUCCCUCGACGCACUUUGUCUGUUUUGCCUUCUGGGUCUUCCUCUUCCUCAUCAUCUCCCAAACCCUUACCAUGGUUUGUGGACCCCUCUGGCCUACCAACAUCCUCUCGACAGUCUCGCUCCGCCCCGCCUCAUGUACGGCCAUCGCUCCAGGCUCAGCAUCCGCCGCUCCCGGCUGACGUCCCGCCAGAAAGCCCCAUUGCUCAGCUUCAUGCUGCACUGAGCACAUCGCCGCAUCUCGAGCCAGGCAUGCUCCGCGUGCGCGAGCCGAUCCCAACGGCUCUGGGUCCCGCUCUGCCGGAUAGUCAGCCCAAGGGGCGACGAAAGCGCGGACGCUCAUACGCGGGCGAGGGUGUCUACGACCACACAGGCGGCGUGUGGAGCUGGGUAGUGGUAGCGCAGGUGAAGGAGGGCACAGAAGAUCGGGGCGCGAUCGAGUCCGUGGUGAGAGUAGUCCGGAAAGUUCUUCUGACCUCCCAGCCGCCUCUGCCGCUCCCCCCGAACUCCAAACGCAGAGCGAACGGCGGGUGGGCCAUGAUCGACGCUGGCGACUUCGCGGUGCAUAUCGUGAGCAAGGAGGCGCGAGAGAGGUUCUUCCCCGACGGCAGGCGCGAGUGGUAGACGGAGGACCGCUGUGUGCGUACCCGAUAGCUGCUUAUGUUUACGUGAUGGGUAUUGCUAUCACCUGUUGCCUAGUAUUGCGAGGUCUACUCGCCGAGGUGCGCAUGCCCUAUUGAUUGACCCCUGGACCGGCUUCGGUCGGUCAGGACUACAAGUUAGGAUAUACUAGCCUCGUUGCAGAAGCAGCCCCUUGGGUUUGCGCAAGUCCUGCAUGGCCGGCUCCAAAGCUGCGGCUGUUCAUUCCUAUGAGAUCCGUCGGAGUCUGGGAUGCGCGCUGGCUGCGUUC